AAAACCGUUUAAGAGAAUGAAGACACUGCAGUGUUGGUUUAACGUUGAAACAUGUCGAAACAACAGAAGUUUUUAAUUUUGGCUGUAGCUGCUCUUGCAGCCCUCCAAUUCGUCACUUGCCAAAAUGAAGACGAUGCCUUAGCAGACAACCUUCCAGCAAGUUACGACAACAUGGACAAACUCAAGCUUAUGAUUCAGUACCGCAGAGCGAUUAGUGAACUAGAGUCUAAAGUAGAAAAAAUUUGCCCCGGCCACGGAUACAAAGUUGAGAAUGUAACAAUGGAAAUGACCAGCUGCGUCGAGCAAUUCAAAGAAGACGAAGAAACUAUUUGCUCCUUGUCACAAAAGAUGUUGGAACGGUGUAUGUCUCCAUUAGAAGAUUUACUGGUCGAAUGUAUACCAUCUCCGUCCAAGGCCAUUCCUCCCAUGGUAACUAGCAUGAUGAAGAAGCUCAACAGAUACGUUUGCAGAAUUAAUGGAGAGCACAUUUUUGAAUUCGCCAAUCCCUGCUUCAAACACAUAAAUGCGAAAACUCAGAGGUGCAUUCUGAGAUUCAGCGCCAAACUCGAAGACCGUCAACGCCGUAAAGAGUAUCCAUCUGCUCAAGACGCUUGCGAGCUCAUGGACACUUUCAAACCCUGUUUCCAAUCCCAUCUGAACACAGCAUGCCGUAACCCGAUCACCAGAGAAACAUUCCUUCAAGCUUUCGACGAAGUGGCGUCCGUUUGCACAGAAAUUAAAGUAAACGAAAAUAUUAGAAACAACGAAAUUGAAUUAGCCUGAAUGGUUAAAAUAAAUAUUACCUACUUUAUAAACGUAAAAAAAAAAGUUUUAAGUAAAUUGCUUUUAAAUAAUAUAGGUACAGGGUGUUAAUGAAUAAGGGCUACAAAUUUCUAGGGCAGUAGGAAAAAAAAAAAAUUAAUGAAUAUGUAUACAGGGUGUCCGAAAAGUCAACGAUACCACUGAAAAGGCUGGUCCGGAACGUCAUCGAUAACAGUAGAAAAACUGCUGGAGCAACAAAUAAGCAUCCAGAAAAACAUAAUAUGACUUUGACCUUGGUAAAAAAUCGAUGGUUCUGGAGAUAUGAGAUAUGUCCCCUUUAAAAAAAUUCGUUCAUUUGAAUCAGAGAUUUUUGAGUGUAUGAGGGAGGACAAAAAUAUGUCAUACUUCACUUCAAAAAGAUUUAUCAAAUGUUGUGAGCUAUUAUUUCCAAUGUUGAUCUAUGAUCAAUACGAAAUUUCUAUUCUGGAUGCUUAUGUUGUUUCACCAGUCCUUCUAGUGUUAUCGAUGACUUUCCGGACACAUACACAUUGAAUAUUUUGUGUCGUUUUUUGUUUCCGGAUCCAUGCUUUGUUUAAACUUUUUUUUGUUUCGACGAGUUUUAUAUCUGCUCUAGAAGUUCAUAACCCUUAAGCACGUCGGGAUUUCGUUGGCAUUUGCGUUUGCGUCGAGUUCGCCGUAACCAAUUGAAUAUUAGGAAUUCCAUAAGAUCGUUUAUAUUUGCCAACGGCUCACCGUCCGCCGUCAGGCCUACCGUUUCAUUCCGUAAGAUAUAAACCAAUUUUAUGUUUUCCUAUACAAUAUGAAGAAAAACCCCAAGUCGUGGUCUCAAAAUUUUAAUGAAAAGUUUACAUGUCUCGCAUAAUAAUGGGCAUCAUCAGACCUAUAAAAAGAAAACCUCUUACACUUAGAACAAAGAUAGUACAGAAAAGUUUGUGAGGCUUUCGCGGCCCAGUUUUAUUGAUGAAGUAUUUUCAUCCGGGCUUAUUGGCCGUCUUAAGUUGGUAUUUCUUCCUUCUUCUGGCCUUGCCCACCGGCUCCGAAACACUUGCGCAUGUGGUCCUUAUACUUGGAAUUGCAGUUUAGGCUUGGUGUGCGGUUUUUGGCUUUCCUAGCUUGCCCUUGUCGGCUUAAAACGUCAACGCCAACACUUAUUUUUUAUUUUUUAAAGUUUUAUUAUAAAGAUGUAUUGAAGUGUUAGUCCAAGAGCCCAUAGAGCCUCCAGACACAACUUAUUUUCUAAAGGACAGAAUAUGUGGGAUUGAGUAGCACUUAUAUGUAUUAUGAACGUAUGAAUAUCCGCUAAGUUGGGUAGACGGCCAAUUUACCGACACCAGAUCCGGAAGCUGAGAAAAACUUUAGCUUUUAUUCUAACGCUUGAUUUUUCUACAUGUUAUUGGGGAGACUAUUUCAUAACUACGUGUGCUCAGUCAGACCAAUCGCACGGGCCAAACAUCCCCCCAGACGCAAUAAUAAUUUUUCCGUGAGCGUGAGCGCGAGGGUACUAUGCAUGCGUUUCAGAGUGGGCGAAAUAUCUAUGUCAACUGAUUUCCCCCUCUUAAACUCACAGUCUACUCUAGGCUAGAGUAGAAAUGGGAUUCGGUUUUUCUCAUAGUGGGAAAAACCGUUAUUUACAAAUAACAGUCAAUUGGCCGUCUACCCAACUUAUAAGUGCUAUUCAAUCCCACAUAUUCUGUCCUUUAGAAAAUAAGUUAUGUUUGGAGGCUCUGGGCUGUUAAACUAUGUAUGCGUCUAUUGGAAACACUCACUCUGAAAGUUCAGUUGAAGGUAUGUGUUUCUGUUCUAUUGAUAAAGUGUUUUCAUUCGGGCUUACUGGGCGUCGUAAGUUGGAAUUUCUUCGGAUGGAAGAAAUUCCAACUUACGACGGCGAUUAAGCCCGAAUGAAAAUACUUUAUCGAUAAAACUGGGCCGCGAAAGCCUCACAAACUUUUCUGUAUUAUGAUUGUUCUAAGUGUAAGAGGUUUUCUUUUUAUAGGUCUGAUGAUGCCCAUUAAAGGGCGAAACAUGUAACCUUUUUGUUAAAAUUUUGAGACCACGACUCGGGGAGAUGAACACCUUCAGGUACAGUGAGGGGAAAGGGGUUCAAAAAAAGAAAAUCUUGAUGAUUUCUUCAAAAUUAUUCAUGAUGUAAUUUUAUUUUUUUUAAACAAUUUCACAUCACAAUUACCUGUUCCACCCGAUCAAAUAAGAUUUUCAUCAAAAUUAGAGUCACAUUUAAAUCUGGAUAACUUUUUUUUGCAGAUCCAUUUGAAGAAUUAAGCGACCUUUAAAACAAGGUAUCACAUGACCUAUAAACUUUGCCUAUAGUGCCAUUUAAGAUUUUGAGGUUAGGGUGGCUACCGCCGCAGAGGUUGUGCGGGGAGAGCUGAAAAGUACCUUGUUUUGGUUCUCCCUUCCAACCCUCCAAACAGGUUUUUCAUUUUUUUUUUAUCGAUCACCACUUUCAAGAUAUAGGCCAUUGACAGUUUUCGGUGGAACACCCGGUAUAAUUGAACACAGGUCUCUUUGAGCCAUGAACUAUUUUUCUGAAUUUAUAUAUUCCGUCGCCGAUUUGUAGCAGAUUUGAAACAGUCAAUAAAAAAAAAGGCUUUUACUUGUCACGUGAUGUUUACCUCUUGUGGAGAACAGCUGAUUAUAGAGUAUUUUGAAUAUCCAGAAUUUUUAGAAAAACAAAGAUGCACGGUAGCACGGUGGCUCUUAAUAGUACGAACAAAUUAAAAACAAAAAAAAACACACAAAGAUUGACAUAAACAAAAAUAACAGGUUAGGUAAGGUUACGUUUACUUUCAGGACGCAAACGGCAAGUUUCUAAAUGCUCGAAUUUUUUUGACUACGGUAACGGCGAGUCCGACGCAAACGCAAAUGCCAACGAAAUCCCGACGGCGAGUUUAUAAAUUGGGCUUUAUUCAAAUAUAUAACCUUCGUAGGUAGACUAAUAUAACAUGCUUCACCUGUAAAGACAUAUACAUAAAUAAAUAAACAAUAUGUUAUUAUUCGUGGGGAUGAAGCGAGUGAUAAAAAGAAAAACCGACUCUUUUAUCUAAUGAAGGCUUUCGCAAUUAGUUUAUUCCUUCGUCAGGAGCGUUUAAAAUUUAUAAAUUUAACUUUAUAUACUCCUGGACAAAAUUAUCGCACCACUGCUUAUGGUGCUUAUGUGCAGUGGUGGUGCGAUAAUUUUGUCCAGGAGUAUAUUUAUAUCCUAUAAUAUAUUUUAGUAUGACUGACGAAGCAAUAAACUAAUUGCGAAAGCUUUCAUUAAAUAGAAGACUCGUUUUUCUAUUUAUCACUGGCUUCAUCUCGACGAAUAAUAACAGGUCUGUUCCAACACGUCAAAAACUGUCCCAUGAACGGUUUCGAAACCACUCAGUAUACGAAUUUCGGAUUCUACGCAUAAAUUUCAAGCUUUCCGCAGAAUCAUGACUGUACAUUGUACGGUUUCCUGCCGUUUUGGAACUGACCUAACAUAUUCAUAUAAAGAUUUAAGCCACGAUAAUACCUUAUAUUAAAUAAACAAUUAUACAGUAAUUA